AUGAUGUUCCCUGUGGAUCUGCUGGAUAAUUGCAGUCAUGAGGAACUGGAAACUUCUGCUGAAGAUUACAUGUCAGACCUAAGGUGUGGGGACCCAGAAAAUCCAGAAUGCUUUUCUUUUCUAAAUAUUACGAUUCCUAUUAGCCUGUCAAAUGUAGGCUUUGUGCCUCUUUAUGGUGGAGAUCAGACCCAGAAAAUCCUUGCUCUUUUUGCACCUGAGGACUCACUCACAGCUGUUGCACUUUACCUUGCUGAUCAGUGGUGGGCUAUUGAUGACAUUGUGAAAACAUCUCUCCCUUCUAGAGAAGGGCUUAAACAGGUGAGCACUCUUGGGGAGAGAGUGGUUCUGUAUGUUCUGAAUCGAAUUAUUUAUAGAAAGCAGGAAAUGGAGAAAAAUGAGAUCCCAUUUCUGUGUCAUAGCAGUACUGAUUAUGCUAAGAUUCUGUGGAAGAAAGGAGAGGCCAUUGGGUUUUAUUCAGUUAAGCCUACAGGAAGUGUGUGUUCCUCAUUUCUUACCCAAAGCUACCAGCUUCCAGUUCUUGAUACAAUGUUUGUGAGAAAAAAAUUUCGAGGCAAAGAUUUUGGGCUUCACAUGGUAGAGGACUUUGUUGAUUCCUUUACAGAAGAAGCACUGGGCUUGCGGUAUCCACUGUCCUCACUCAUGUACACAGCUUGCAAACAGUACUUUGAAAAGUAUCCAGGAGAUCAUGAACUCCUCUGGGAAAUUGAAGGAGUUGGACAUUGGUACCAGAGAAUACCAGUUACCAGAGCGUUACAGAGAGAAGUGCUUAAUGUUACAGCAGUUUCUCAGAACGAAUCUAAACGACCUGUGUCGGAAGAAUUUGGUCUUACAUCUAUUCCAGAAUGUGAAGCAGAAACUGGAGAUAAUCAGCCUAGUGAGAGGCAACUAACUAUUGAUUCAGUAAAAGAUGUCUUUGCAAGUACUUCUGAAGGUCACAGUAAAACACCUGUUUCAACUCGUACUCGAAGUGGUCAUCUAAAGCGGCCAAAGAUUGGAAAGAGGUUUCAGGAUUCUGAAUUUAGUAGUUCUCAAGGUGAAGAAGAAAAGACUCCUCAGAGUUCACCUGCAGCUUCUACGAACAAAUUAGAGUCCACUAUACGCACAUCAGAGAGCUCAGAAGAAUUCCCAGAAGAACAAGAAGAAAAUGUGAUUGAAUUUGAGGAUGAAAGCAGUGACAAAGAUGCACAGCCAACACCAGACACCCAGCCGUGCCUAGAGAAACAAGAUGAAGAAAAGGAAUCUGAAUUAGAACCUGUGAAUGGUGAGAUAAUGGAUGAUACUCUUAAGACCUCACUUGUAACUGAAGAAGACAACUCCACAGUUGAGGUAUUAGAUGAAGAAUUAAAAUUGCAGUCUUUUAACUCCAAUGAGGACUCUUUGAAUCUUGCUCCAUUGGUAGAAGAAUCUUCAAAGCCUUCUGAAGCCGUUGCACAGGAUAAGACUCCACUUCUAAGUGAUGCAGAACCAUUGACAGAAGAAAGCAGCCCAUCUGAUGAGAAAGGGAACACUGAAGAGAAACUGGUUGCAAGAAAGAAAGCACAUUUUGGGAGUUCGGAAGAUGUAGCUACUGUUCCCAAUGAAGAACGAUCUGACAGUGGUUUUCCAAAUUCUGUGAUAACGGAAUUUUCUGAAGAAUCAAUCUCUGAAAAUUUAUCACCCAACACUACUUCGUCAUUGGAAGACCAGGCUGAGGAGGGUCUCCCUGAGUCCCAGGAAACAUCUCCUGCCCUUCCUCAGAGUUCUUUGAUAGAGGUAGAACUUGAAGAUGUGCCAUUCUCACAGAAUGCAGGACAGAAGAACCAGUCAGAGGAGCAGUCUGAAGCAUCUUCUGAGCACCUGGAUCAGUUCACACCAUCUGCAGAAAAAGCUGUGGAUAGCAGUUCAGAGGAAAUAGAAGUGGAAGUGCCUGUCGUAGACAGGAGGAAUUUAAGAAGAAAGGCCAAGGGGCACAAAGGACCUGCUAAAAAGAAAGCCAAGUUAACUUGA